CGUCUAUUCCCUUACGGUCAGCGUGCAAAUCAUUAAAGUCCCUCCGUCCCUCCCCCCAAAACGCGUGGCCCCUCUCGCAAGUGCCCGUUUAAAUAAAAUCCUAGUGCUAGCUUCCUUCUGGAAACCUCCAAUCCCUCCGUCGCACACCACCAUGGAUCGCCGGUGAACUGGCAGCGCACUAGUCCCCGCAGUUGCACCCACACCAUGCCCGGCACUCCCGCUGCGGCCAAAUUCAAGGCUCUCUUCCAGGGCGCCGACCCCAGAGUCUGCGCCGCCUUUUGGUUGUUUGGCCUCAUCAACAACGUCCUCUACGUGAUCAUCCUUUCCGCCGCCGUCGACCUCGUUGGCCCCGCCGUCCCCAAGGGCGUGGUCCUGCUCGCCGACGUCAUCCCGUCCUUCCUGACCAAGCUCGUCGCCCCCUACUUCAUCCACGAAGUGCCCUACCAUGCGCGCAUCCUCGUCUUCAGCGCCCUGUCGGCCGCGGGCAUGCUGCUCAUCGCGCUGGCCCCAACCGAGCGCCAUGGCGGAUCGAUAGGCAUGCGCAUGGUGGGUAUAGUCUUUGCCAGCCUGAGCGCGGGCGGAGGAGAGCUCAGCUUCCUGGGCCUGACCCACUACUACGGCCACUUCAGCCUGGCCUCGUGGGGGAGCGGCACCGGCGGCGCAGGCCUCGUGGGCGCAGGCGCCUACGUCGUCGCCACGACCUCCAUCGGCCUGAGCGUGCGCACCAGUCUGCUGGUGUUUUCCUGCUUGCCCGUGAUCAUGCUGCUGAGCUUCUUCGCCAUCCUCCCCAAAGGGCCCCUGACUGCGGCCGACGCUGCGCGCCAAGAGUACGAGCGGCUUGAGGCGGAGGAAGAAGCCGAAGAGGACGGCUUGCGCGACCCCAUGGAUGACGAGACGGCCCUCAUGGGCGCCUCGCUCAUCUCUGCCUCUGGCAAGAGCUUCGCCUCGAGUUCGCACUCGCGCUCGCGCCGCCACAAGGUCUUGACCAGCCUGAAGACGAACUUCCACCGCGUCAGCGGCCUGUUCAUUCCUUACAUGAUGCCCCUCCUCCUCGUCUACAUCGCCGAAUACACCAUCAACCAAGGCGUGGCGCCCACGCUGCUAUUCCCCUUGCGCACCUCCCCCUUCACCGAAUUCCGCGCCUUCUACCCCACCUACAACGCCAUCUACCAAACCGGCGUCUUCCUCAGCCGCUCCUCGACGCCCUUUUUCCGCGUGCACGCGCUGUACGUGCCGUCGCUGCUGCAGGUGCUGAACCUGGCGGUGCUGGCCGCGCACGCCGUGUGGGACUUUAUCCCGAGCGUGUGGAUUGUCUUUGCGAUUGUGUUCUGGGAGGGCUUGCUGGGUGGCUUGGUCUACGUGAGCACGUUCGCCGAGAUCACGGAUAAUGUCCCGACUGCCGAGCGCGAGUUCAGCCUUGGCGCGACUAGUGUGAGCGAUUCGGCGGGGAUCUGCGCGGCCGGGUUUGUGGGUAUGGCCGUUGAGGUGUGGUUGUGUGGGUGGCAGGUCGCGCAUGGCCGGGACUAUUGCCGAAGGACGUAGGCGGGCGGAGGUAGGUGGCUCGCGGUUGUUGUUGUUGUUGUUGUUGUUUUUUUUCUUGCCUGGGGGAAUUUGGUUUCGUUGAUGAUGGGGGUUUUUGUUGGCGGCGCGGUGGGUGGACCGUAUGAUAGAUGUGGCUAAGGUAUGGCACUUGGAGGUUGUUGUUGCGGCUUCCUGCUUUCUGCUUUCUGCUUUCUAGGCGCUUCUUUUCUUUGCGGCGUUGGUUGUAUGUAUCCAUUGUAUGUAUGGUAUAGUAUGUAUGUACAUCAUAUUCAUGUACGAGAGCGCAG